UGUCGCCAUGGAUACGGGGCCUGCGUGUAGCUGUGCAGCCCGAGUUGUAGCGUAGAAUCGCAUCGGCAAAUUAGAGAAGUUUCGGAGGAAGCGCAGGCGAAAAAGGCAGGAGGCUCUAUGGCGGAGGAAGGGGAUUUUAGCGAACUCCUCGCUAAAAAAGAGCAAGAAUGGAAGGAUCUCCAGCACCGGCAGGUUCUUUAUCUGGAGAGGACCCUGAAGGAAACAAAGAAGAGCCUUCAAGGGCAAGAAGAGAAACUCAGCAGCCUUAAGAAAGACUUCAUGCACAACCUCAGAGUGUUGGCCGAACGAGAUCGAGACUUGGAACGUUACGAGCUCACGCUGAGCCGCCUGAAAGUCGCCGAAAACCUGAAACAGGGAGAAAUUAGUGAUUUAAAGAUCCAGGUGGAAAAACUCCAACAAGAAGUCCAACGAGGGAAGAAGAAUUAUGAUGAAUUACAGGGUCACUAUCAACGGAAGCUUAAAGAACACCAGAUGGAGCUGGAGAGGAUCCAGAGGACUAAAAAUAGCGACCUCGACCGCCAUCGAGAAGAGUACGAGAAAGUAAAACGUCAACUCGAGAGGAAAAUCGAGGAGGUUCAGGGAGACCUGAGCUUACAGAAACAGGAGCUGCUUGUCGAGUUUGACUCCCAAUUGAAGAAACGUGAACAUGAGUUUCGUCUGCAGCUGGAUGAACUGAGCACCGUGGUUCUGUCUCAUGAGCUUAAGGCAAAAUUACUGUCGAAGGAACUAGCUGUGCUCAAGGAGAUGGAGCUGAAGGCCUCCGAAACCCUCCUGGAGGCCGAAGCCACAAAUCAGAAAUUGCAGGAAGCCCUGAAACAGAAAGAGUUUGAAAUCAAGGAGCUGUCUGCUGUAAAAGAUGCCAGAAUCAAGGAAUUGCACGAUAAUCUACAGUCUUCGCACAUUAAAUGGAAAAGAGAAGAAGAAACCUAUCAGAGAAAACACGCGCAGGUAGACCGCUUAGCGCGGGAGAAGGACUCGGCGCUGACGUCGAUGAAGGAAGCACACGCGGAGCAGAUCCGGCAGCUGGAGAAGCAGAUCGAGGAGCUGCAGAUGUGCGUAGAGACCCAGCACAUGGAGCAGCGCAGAAUCACAGACCGCCAGAAAGACUUACUGGGGGAGAAAGACGCCACUAUCGAAAAGCUCAGAGGAGAUGUGGAGACGCUGAGGGCCGGCUGGGACGCGUACAUCGCGCAAAUCUCAAAGGAGAAUGUCAGCAAAGACCUCCGAAACCAGGCCUUGCAAGAGGAAGAGGGGAAGUUGAAGGCGCAGUUGACCAAGUACCAGAAAGACAUUGAGAAGUAUCAGCAGCAGCUGGCGGCCUCUGUGGAGCGCGAGCGGCUUAUGGAUCAGGCUAAAAUACAGCUGGAGCUGGACUGGCAGAAGCGCUGUGAGAAGGUGGAGAAAGCCCAGUACCGGCACUCAGAGGAGCUGAUCGAGGGUCUGACUAAAGCCAAGGAGCAGGCUGACGCUGAAUUAAAGGAGAUGGAGCGAAAGUUGAACGAAAUGAAACUUUUGGUAUCCGCUGUGACCUGGGAGAGAGAUCGAGCCACGGAUACGCUCAGAAGACUCGGUGCAAAGUGGGACCCGGGAGAGCAGGGAUUUGCGACGGACACCAAAGCUUCCCCGUCUGAUUUUCCAUCCAGUGAAAUUCAGAAACUGCAAGAACAAAAUUCUGAGCUGAGACACGUGAUUGGGCAGAUGAGGAAAGAGAUGGAGUCUCUCUGUGAGCAGAUCCCACCUACAGAUCCCAAGCCGACAGAAGCCCCUCAACCACAGGGAAUCGAGGUCACCCCUGAUUAUAUCAAGUCACUCGAAGACGAGAUCCAAACCUUAAAACAAAAGAACAGGAUCAUGGAGGAACAGCUGCAAGUGGCCCUGACCCCGAAGAGCAAUGACGAGGGUCCAUCAUCCACAAAGCCCGUACCGCCUGAGAACGCCUACAUCCAAAACUACAUCAGCAGCCUCAACGAAACCAUCGGUGCAUUAAGAGCCGACAAAGUCACCUCAGCUGCAGCUGCGAAAAGGCUGGAGGCCAGGACAGCUCACCUCGACGCGAUGGUCACAGAGCUCACGCUCAAGGUCCAGCAGAAGCAGGCAGAAGUAGACCAGCUGCAGUUUCAGCUGAAUAACGAGACCCGUCACGGCCAAGCCACCAUUUCCAGCUUGCGACAGAGACAGUUGGAACUGGAGAUGCAGCUAUCGGAGGCGAGGAGAGAGGCCGAGGAAUACUUCAAAGGAAACCUCCAGCAAAACGUCCAAGCCGUCGGUCUGGGAAAUGAAGUUUCUGCCCUAAAAUUGGAGCUGGCCGGUCAGAGGUUGCCCGUCGUGCUGAGUGAGACCGAAACUGUAAGUCAGCUCCGUGAAGAGAUCCUAAGCCUACGGAAGAAGCUCAGCUGGUACGAGGCACCAGGCGGCGAAUCUCCCGGCGGCCACGUUAACCUGCUGCAAAGCAAACUGAAAGAAGCCAUAAAGAAGAUCGCCCAUCUCAGCCGAGAAAAACAGCAGCUCAUCGAAAUGGGCAACCGCCUUCGAGCUGAGCUGGCAUCGGCCCAAUGCGAAGCUAUCGAGCCUCAAAAUGCUGUCCAAUCAUCCAGAACCGCUCCUUCAUCCACAGUUCCAGCCCAAAGUCCAGAAAAUCACCUGUCAGCCCUGGAGAAUCUUCAGUACCAGCUAACAUCCCAGGAACUUCAGUUUGCCCAGUACCAGAAGCCGUCCAGACUGCCUGCUAAGCAUCACACGGGCCCCAGAUCCAAGGGCCAAAGCAUCAGCGAAGACUCCGUAGGAUCUGCCGUAGAACAGAAACCCAGACAAAAGGAAAACGCUCCCCCCUCACCCCCUGCGCGUCAGAGGGACAGCUCUCCAUCUCCGCGGCCAGCAGCCUCCUGGCUCGAAGGAGACUUGUCUCUGCAGGAUGUCUGGAGAAUCCUGGAUAUGGGAUCCAGUCCAUCUUUGAUCAGCUCUGUAGAUGACAGUCAUGGAGUUGUCUCCGGAAGAAGCAGACCGUCGGCACCCAAGCAGCAUAAAGAGGGGGUCCCCGCAAACCGAGCAACCUCUCUGCACAGAGACCCCCGAGAGAAGACCGGCAAGCCGUCGGCCGUCACACGGGGGAAACCCAAGAACGGCCAGCACGCCCCCAAAAUCCGCAACUAUAACGUCAGAGACUGAUUCACAGCAGGGAGCCCGCCGACCUCCGCCGCUUACCGCGGAGACCCAAUGAGAUGUCUCAGAAAAUAAACGUAUUAAA